UUUUUCAGAUCAAAAACAUAUGGUAAUUAGAAAGAAGAAAGAAUUGCAAAACGAUGAAUUUGUUUGUACUAGUGCUUCUUCUUUUGUUGCAAUUCUCCUCCAACAAAGCAGUUUCUGAGAGUGAAGAAGAAGGAGAGUUUGGCUUCAAUGGUUACUUAUACAACAGCUAUGGAACUGCCAAUCUUGACUCCAAUGGCUUAUUGAAGCUUUCAAACUACACGGUACAAAAAACUGGUCAAGUUUUCUACAACUUACCAGUACGGUUCAAGAACUCACCAAACGCUACCGUUUCGUCCUUCUCCACUACAUUUGUUUUCGCUAUAGUUUCUCAGAUUCCAACUCUUAGUGGCCAUGGAAUUGCUUUUGCUAUCUGUCCCACCAAAGGCUUGCCCUAUGCUACACCCUCACAAUAUCUUGGGCUCUUUAAUAUCUCAAACAAUGGAAAUUUCUCAAAUCAUGUUGUAGCAGUUGAGUUUGAUACAAUCCAAAGCACUGAAUUUAGAGACAUAGAUGACAACCAUGUUGGUAUCGACAUCAACAGCUUGAGAUCAGAGAAAGCUUAUACAGCAGGUUAUUACGAAGACGAUGGUACUUUCAAAAACAUGUCUCUCAUAAACCGAAAACCGAUACAAGCCUGGAUUGAAUAUGAUUCCUCAAGAAAACAGCUUAAUGUCACAAUUCAUCCUAUUCAUGUUUCCAAGCCAAAGACUCCACUGCUUUCUCUAACCAAAGAUUUAUCACCAUAUCUCUUUGAGCGUAUGUACGUUGGGUUCACGUCAUCCACAGGCUCUGUUCUUUCAUCCCACUAUAUUCUUGGUUGGACGUUUAAGCUCAAUGGGACUGCUUCAAAUCUAGAUAUUUCUCGUCUUCCAAAACUUCCUGAUGACUAUAAAAAAGACUCUCCGAGUAGUCUGAGAAAGAUCUUGGCUAUCAGUUUGAGUUUAACUGGCCUCACUGUCCUCGUCUUCUUGAUCAUAAGCGUCAUGCUUUUCUUGAAAAGGAAGAAGUUAAUGGAAGUUCUUGAAGACUGGGAGGUGCAGUUUGGUCCACAUAAGUUUUCUUACAAGGAUCUCUACAUUGCCACAAAGGGUUUCAAGAACAGCGAGCUUCUUGGUAAAGGAGGGUUUGGAAAAGUUUACAAAGGUACAUUAUUGACGUCUAACAUGGACAUCGCGGUGAAGAAAGUUUCUCAUGAUUCAAGACAAGGAAUAAGAGAAUUUGUGGCCGAGAUCGCGACCAUUGGACGUCUCAGACAUCAUAACUUAGUUAGGCUUCUUGGCUACUGCAGACGCAAAGGCGAACUCUAUUUGGUCUACGACUGUAUGCCAAAAGGCAGUCUUGAUAAGUUUCUUUACCACCGACCAGAACAGAGUCUUGAUUGGUCACAAAGAUUCAAGAUCAUCAAAGAUGUUGCUUCUGGUCUCUGCUAUUUACACCACCAGUGGGUUCAAGUCAUCAUUCACAGGGACAUUAAGCCAGCAAACAUUCUUCUUGAUGAUUCUAUGAACGGAAGGCUCGGUGAUUUUGGUCUCGCGAAGCUUUGUGAUCACGGGUUUGAUCCUCAAACCUCAAACGUGGCUGGUACGUUUGGAUACAUCUCACCGGAGCUCUCAAGAACAGGGAAGGCAACCACAAGCUCUGAUGUAUUCGCGUUUGGAAUACUAAUGUUAGAGAUUACUUGUGGGCGAAGACCCGUCUUGCCACGAGCAUCUUCGCCGAGCGAGAUGGUUCUUACUGAUUGGGUGCUAGAUUGUUGGGAAGAUGACAUAUUGCAAGUGGUUGAUGAGAGGGUUAAGCAGGAUGAUAAGUACCUUGAGGAGCAAGUAGCACUGGUUCUGAAACUCGGCUUGUUCUGUUCGCAUCCGGUUGCAGCAAUUAGACCAAGCAUGUCAAGCGUCAUCCAGUUCUUGGAUGGUGUGGCUCAGCUACCAAACAACUUGCUUGACAUUGUGAAAGCUCGAGAGAACGUUGGAGCCAUUGAAGGCUUCGGUGAAGCAGCUGAAUCCCUUGCAGAGCCUUGUUCGGUGGCUACGUUGACGUUUACCGAACCAUUUGUCUCGCAUGGGCGCUAAAAGAUCAAACCCACUUGAUAACUUUGAAUUAUCUUCCUCUUCACAUCCUAUAUGUAUGAACUAAGUUUCGAUUUGUCAAAAGAACCUGUGUUUGCAGAACUACUGUGUAAUUACUAUUUAGCCGAUGUUUGCAAAUAUUUACAAAAUUACUGAAACCAAAUCGACUAUAUAUAACUCUUGUUAGAAGCA